GUUAACGCACGACUGCUGAGAAUCGACUACACCCAAAUUAUGGAAGAAGCGAAAAAUUAUCUCUCAAAAUUGAGCAGCACGGUGGAUGGACUGCUCGCAAUUGUGAUCACUGAUCGAGAUGGCAUCCCAUUGUUAAAAGUUGCGAUGGACCAAGUCCCAGAGCAAGCACUGCGGCACAGUUUUUUGAGUACAUUUGGAACAGCCACAGAACAAGCUAAUAAACUAGGACUCAAGCAGAGCAAAUCUGUUAUAUCCAUGUUUAAAAAUUAUCAGGUUGUACAAAUUAACAAAUAUCCACUAAUUGUAACAUUUAUAGCAGAAAGUGAUGCAAACACAGGCUUGCUUCUUAAUUUGGAAACAGACAUGCGAGAUUUACUGAAUGAUCUCCAAAGAGUUGUACCAACUUCCUAGACACAUCGUAACUACACGGAAUGGACUAGGGCAAAAAGUGCAAUUUUUGUAAACGUCUUUGUUUGCUAUUGGACAGUCUCCUUGAUAAUGAAGGAUACGAUGCAACAACUAUAUAUAACAUGACAACUUGAUAAACAUGAACAAUAUUUGUCUAGUGUCUCUAUAUUGGUGCUUGUGAUUAGGAAGGCUUGCUCUAGUAUUAUCUGAAAAUAUCUUUUUUCCUUUCAGAUGAGAGAUGAAUUGAUUCUAGACAUAUUUUUAAUUAAUUAGAUCAUCUUGCCACUCCUGGACUAUGUGAGGUAGAAACAUGGCCAUUCCUUAAUUCCUGGAGAAAAUGUUAAUAUUGUUAUGAUUUAUCUUAUUUAUGUGUGUAGGAAAGAAUGAGGUUCCAGGCCUUGUGACAGAAUUUUUAGGUUAUAUUCAGUGGGUAAACACUAUAAGUAAAGAUUAGAGUCAAGCUUGAUUGAAGAAAGAGUGAUCAAAUGUGAUUAAAGCAAAGUAGGAAUUAAUUGUAUUAAUUGUAUUUGAAGAUUUUUUUCAUACUAAAGUGCAUAAGAAUACUAAUUAUUUGCCAUA